UAAUGUAAAUAGUGAAGAUAUGCUUGAUCUUGAUAUUGUCCGAUCAUUGAAGGAAAUGUUAGAUGAACACAACAGUAUUGCUCAAUCUUUUAGGUACGCUAGAGAUCGAUAUAGGGAAGAUGACUUCAGUGGAGUAAAGUUGAGGCUGAUUCGAAAGCGUGGAAGUGAUGGCAGAGUUUAUAAUCUUCCCUCUGCAUCAGAAGUUGCUGCUCUAAUUGUCGGGGAUAUAGACAACGCAUUGGGUGAUAGGGAUAUUGUUGUUGAGACACAAGAUAGAGUUUUGCAGCGUAUAGAUGUCAAGCAUCCGUUGUAUCUUGGUUUGCAGUAUCCUUUGUUAUUUCCUUAUGGUGAAGAUGGUUAUCGUGAUGAUGUCGAGCGAUCUUAUAUAUCCCGAGGUAGGACGAAUCCAAGAUCCACUAGUCAUCUCAGGGAAGAGUUAUACAAAAAUUUAAAAAAUGCAUUUGACAGGGGUGAAGACGAAGCUAUAAAUACUGGAAAGCGUAUCGUUAUUCCAUCUUCGUUCACAGGCGUACCUAGAUAUGUGGCUGAGAAUUGUAAAGAUGGCUUUGCAUUUUGCCGUUGGGCUGGAUAUCCUCAUCUGUUUAUAACGAUCACCUGCAAUCCUAAGUGGCCAGAGAUUAUCAGAUUUCUUAAGGCAAGCAACCUUAACGCUGAAGAUCGUCUUGAUAUUCUUUGCAGAGUAUUCAAGUUCAAAUUGGACCAAUUGCUACAUGAUUUAAAAAAUGGUCAUUUUCUUGGCACAGUUAAUGCACGUGUUUAUACAGUUGAAUUUCAGAAACGUGGACUGCCUCAUGCUCAUAUUCUACUUUUUUUGCAUCCCUCCGCAAAGCCUAAUACUGGACUCGACAUUGAUAAUUUGAUUUCAGCUGAAAUUCCUAACAAAGAUUCCAAUCUUUCACUUUUUGCAGCUGUCACGAGUUACAUGAUGCAUGGAUUCCCUCAUUAUAAAAGAAGAAAUAAUGGGAGUGUUGUCAAAAAAAGUGGCGUCGAACUCGAUAACCGUUAUGUGGUGCCGUAUAAUGCAAAGCUUCUUUUAAAAUAUCAAGCGCAUAUCAACGUUGAAUAUACUUGUCAGAGUAAUGCCAUUAAAUAUCUUUUUAAAUACAUACAUAAAGGGCAAGACAGGGUGACAACUGCUAUAAAUCAUUCAGAUGAUGAAAUCAAAAUGUUUUAUGAUUGCAGGUAUGUAUCCGCGUGUGAAGCUGCUUGGAGAAUAUUUGGAUUUGAAAUUCAUUACAGAUUUCCCCUGUUCAGAGAUUGCCGUUUCACCUACCCAAUGAAAAGACCGUUGUUUUUAGUGAUCAUGCUUCAAUAUGUCAUGUCAAGACUAUGGCAGAAACUAGACAAUCAAUUUUUGAGUCUUGGAUGGAUGCAAAUAAAAAAUAUCCAGAAGGAUGCCUGCUAUUCUCUGGGACUUUUGGAUGAUGACAAUGAGUACAUUGAUGCAAUUAAGGAGGCAGGUUCUUGGGGGUCAGCAGCUUAUCUUAGAAAUAUGUUUGCUUUAUUGUUAUUUAGUAACUCAAUGAACAGGCCUGAAAAUGUUUUCCAAAAAUGCUGGGAAUUACUAUCUGACGAUAUUCUUUAUCGGCAUAGGCAAAUAAUCGGCAAUGAAGAUGCGUUUCUUACGGAGGAUUCUAUAAAAAACAUAACCCUUGCAGAAAUUGAUAAGGUGUUGCAGAGCAAUGGUAAAUGCCUCUCUGAUUACCCAUCAAUGCCGAGUAUCGUCGGUGAAUCUUUAUUGGAUAUGCAGAAUAGAUUGGUGAUGGAUGAAUUGUUGCAAAAGAGGUUUUUUUUCCUGUACGGCUUUGGUGGCACUGGAAAAACAUUUAUUUGGAAUACCCUGUCAGCAUUUGUUCGAUCAAGUGCUGGAAUAGUGCUUAAUGUUGCUUCUAGCGGAAUUGCUUCACUUCUACUUCCAGGAGGACGUACGACACAUUCUAGUUUUCGUAUUCCUAUUCAAAUCACCGAAGAAUCAAUGUGUAAUAUAAAUCAAAAGUCUACUUUGGCAGAGUUGUUGUCAAAAACAAAGUUAAUCAUUUGGGAUGAGGCCCCGAUGGUACACAAAUUUUGCUUUGAGGCUCUUGAUAGAACACUUAAAGAUGCUCUUAGAUCUUACGAUACCAGCUGUGUUGAUAUGCCCUUUGGUGGAAAAGUUGUCGUUCUAGGAGGUGACUUUCGACAAAUAUUACCCGUCAUUCCACAUGGCAGUAGACAAGAGAUAGUUCAUGCAACAAUCAAUUCUUCCUAUCUAUGGUCCCAUUGUCAACAAGAUGAGAAUUCAUCUCUUGAGGAUGACGAAAUCUCCCCUAAGAUCUUAAAUACAUUCUCAUGUUCGGGGAUUCCUGAUCAUAAAUUAAUUUUGAAGGUUAAAGUACUGGUUAUGCUAUUGAGAAAUAUUGAUCAAUCAAGAGGUUUGUGCAACGGUACGAGAUUACUUAUUACAAAGUUGGGGAAUCAUGUUGUUGAGGCAAUCGUUCUUACGGGAAACAAUAUAGGAGAUACUGUGUUAAUCCCUAGAAUGACGAUGAGCCCAUCGAGUCAUACAUUUCCAGUAAACUUUCAAAGAAGACAAUUCCCCCUGGUAGUUUCGUUUGCGAUGACUAUCAACAAAAGUCAAGGACAUUCGUUGUCUCAUGUUGGAAUUUAUCUUCCUAGGCCUAUCUUCACUCAUGGGAUAUUAUAUUUGGCACUAUCUAAAGUAAAGAGCAGGCAUGGAUUGAAGAUGCUGAUACUCGAUGAAGAUGGAUGUGUUACAAAUACUACUUUUAACAUCGUCUAUAAGGAAGUAUUUCAAAGGUUACUGUAG